AUGACCCGGGGCUGCCCAAAGCUGGCGCCCCUGCAGCCCUUGCCGCCCCUGCAGCCGAUGCAGCUGCAGACUCCACCUGCUGUUGCUGUCACCGCUGCCACCUCUGCUGCUGCCCGCUGCCGCCUGCCACCGACUGCCACCGCCUGCCUGCUGCUGCCUGCCGCCGCUGCCCACCACUGCUGCCACCGCCGCCUGCCACCGCUUCCCUGCGGCCGCCACCAGUCAGUACUAGCCCUGCCGUCUGCCACUGCCGCCCCUGCUGCCGCUUACCUCUGCCUGCCGCCGCCACCUACCUUCUGCCACCCACCGCCCUUGCCUGCGCCUACAGCCUGCUGCCCGACGGCAUCCGUGUCCGCCUGCGUGCCACCGCCGUCUGCUGCCGCAGCCUGGCUCCACCGGGCCCAGCUACCUAACCCCGAGAAUGCAUGCCAACGCUGCCUGCCUACCCCAACCGCUGCCGGCACCGCCUGCCUACCGCUGCCACCUGCCAAUCGCCACAACGGCCGCCUGCCUAAUGCUGCUGUCUGCCACCUGCCUGCCCCCGCCGCCUGCCUUCUGCCGCCGCCUGCUAUAUCCUUGCACCACCCGCGGCCCUUACCUGCCGUGGCCUGCCUGCCAGCCGCUGCUUACUGCAGCCUGCACCUGCUACCUCUUACCUGCUGCCACUACCUGCCUACCGCUGGCGCCAGCAGCGCACUGCCCCCACUGCCUGCCUCCGCUGCAGCCUGCCUCCUCCUGCCACCUUCCCCCGCCACCUGCCUCCGCUGUCUCCUCCUGCCCCCGCUGCCACCUGCUGCCACUGCCGCCUGCCUUCGCUUCCUGCCGGGGCUGCCUGCUACUACCUACCACCACCGCCUGUCUGCCAACCCUGCCUGCCGCCGCCCGCCAUCCUUGCCUGUGUCUCCCUGCCUCCGCCUGCCUGCCCGCACCCCCUGCCGCCGCUUACCGCUGCCUACCGCCGCACCCUGCCGCCACCACCACCACCACCUGCCUACCGCGGCCGCUUGCAGCCCGCUGCCGACGUUGCCUGCCACCGCCUGUCUGCCCCCACUGCCCACUGCCCGCCACAGCCCACUGCCGCUUCCUUACCACCGCCCGCCACCGCACUCCGCCACCACCGCAUGCCUACUACUGCCGCCUGACAACAGCUGCAAUUCCCGCCUUCCUAACACUGCUGCCUGCGGCCACCACCUGUCCCCGCCACCCGCCUGCCACUGCUUCCUGCCACCACCGCCUGUUGCCAUCUGCGGCUACUGCCACCCGCCUCCGCUGCCUAACCUCGACGAUGCCUUCCAAUGUUGCCUGCCUACCGCCGCCACCUGCUGCCGCUGCCCCCUGCAGCCCGCUUGCCCCCACCGCCUGCCGCUGCCGCCUGACGCCGCUGCCGUCUGCUGCCCUCACUGCUUGCCGCCGCUGCGGCCCGCCUCCCCCUGCCACCUGCCCCUGCCGCCUGCCGCCGCGUUCUGCCACCGCUUACGGCCGGCUGCGACUAUCAGCCGCCGCUUCCUGCCUGGCCCCUGCUGCCUGCAGCCCGCCACGGCCUGCUGCUGCUUACCUACCACCGCCUGCUGCCACUUACCACUACCCGCCACGGCAGCCCACUGCCACCACAUGCCUACCGUUGCCGCCUACCUAACGCUGCUGCCUGGCCCUGCCACCUGCCGCCGCUUCCUCCCGCCGCUUACCACUGCCUGCCCCCGUCUGCCACCUCUUGCCACCGCCGCCCCCUGCCUGCCCCUAGCCGGGGCCUGCCGGCCGCCACUACCUGCCCCCACCACCUGCCCGCCGCCGCUUCCUGCCGCCACUGCCCGUUGCCACCUGCGGCUACUGCGUUCCCCCAGUGCUGCAGGCUGCCUGCAACUGUCUGCCACCUGCCUGCCGCAGCCUGCCUGCCCCCGCCCCCUGCCGCCGCCGCCGCCUGCUACCUCCGUCCACCGCCCGCCGCCCUUGCCUGCCUGCCGCCGCCGCCUGCCUACCUGCCGCUUCUUACCCAAGCCCGCCACCGCUUCCUGCCGCCGCCUGCAAUCACCUAUCGCCGCCGCCCACCACACUUGCCUGCCGCUACCUGCCUCCCUGCCCCCACCGCUUACUGCCGCCCCCUGCCUCCACUGCCUCCAACACCUCCCGCUGCCACAUACUGACCCCCACUAA